UUGUUGUUGUUGUGAUAAUGUGUCCGGUUGCGCGCUUCCGGGUUCGCCAUCUCUUUUUGUGCACACGGCACCGAGGCACCAACGUGUUUCUGUUUACUUCCAACGAGGUUUUUUUUGUUUCUCCCUCUGCGGAUCUUAGGCAGACACACACGAAGAGAAGAAGUACUCGUAUUCGUUUCAUUAUAACGUGAUAUUAUCUGGCUAAAGUUCGGGCCCUUCUUGUGGGCCGGCUAGCAGCGCAGCUAACCGGGCUAACACACCGGGGCGGCGAGGACCCGGCGUGAGUUGUUCCCGGGCCUCACGCGCCGGGCGGGACGCGCUGGUGGCUGGGUUAAGCUAGCCUGUCAGCUAGCUAGCCUGUCAGCUAGCUGUAGCUUGAGCCGGACGCCGUUGACCAACCCCCCCGCCUCCACAGGACGGGACUCCCCCUGUAAACCUUUCCGUUCUUAUUCAACUCGGCUCAGCACCCGAGAGCCCCGCGUCCACCAGACCAGAACCGGGCGGGUUCGACAUGUAGCGAGUAAUGGUGCCAUUACAAUGACGUCAGCGAAACAAUGUAACAUCACGUGUCAAACGACCUUCAUAAGCGCUUAUAUGUACUUUAUAAUAACUGCACAUUAGAGCUUUAAUCUGCCUACAGCUGUCAAGUAGAGACCAUGUUGACGUUGCUGUUGCUCGUCGCCGUCGGUCUGUCCGCUGGAGGCGGGACUUCCGGUCCGGACGCACCGCCGGGGACGGACCCCGCGGUGCGUUCGCUGUCCUCUGUGAUCGACUCCCAGCUGGCGGAGCGCAGCCAGAGGACACACCUGGAGGCCCUGUUCAACAGAUACGGAGAGAACGGAACCAUCUCUCUGGCCGGUCUGAAGCGUCUCCUACAGAACGUGGGCUUGGAUCGCAUCAGGACCGUUAAGGUGCAACAUCACGAGCAACCGGGCCACCACCACCACCACCACCAUCACCAUCAUCAUCAUCAUCACCAGGGAGGCCACCACAACGACUCGCACCCCCAGAAACAUGCUGAACCUUCACCGCACGGGAAGCUGCCGAAGACCCCCGAGGUCUCCAAAGACCAGGACAGCCGGCAUCCCGACAGGGCCUCGCAGGGGGGCGGAGCCACGGCGGCGUACGGCGCCCAGCUGAUGGCCAGAUCGAACGAAGCGGACGAGCGAGGAGGGGGCAGCGUCAGGGCGUCUGCGGGCCGGACUCAGGCAGGCGCAGUCAGCUGGGGGAACCAGAACCAAAGUGUGGGCGGUGUGGAGUGUCAGAACGCCUCCGGCAUCCUCUGGUCGCACGGGAUGUCUCGGGAGGGGGACGUGACGCUCGCCGACUUCAGCGUCCUCUGCCCCGCCCUCCUCCGACAGAUCGACGGAGGGGCGUGCAUCGUGCACCGCGCCGCCCCCCCCAGAGUUUCAGACCACGUUGAUCGCAACCACUCGGACUACGGCGAGCACUCCGGUGGAGGCGGAGUCAGAAACAUCACCAUCGCGUGGGUCGGCGGGUUCCUCUCCAUCACCGUCAUCAGCCUGCUGUCGCUCGCCGGCGUGGUCCUCAUCCCGCUCAUAAACAGGGUCUUCUUCAAGUUCCUCCUCAGCUUCCUGGUGGCGCUGGCGGUCGGGACGCUGAGUGGAGACGCCUUCCUUCAUCUCAUCCCACACUCCCUGGGGGGCCACCAUCAUCAUCACCAGGACUCUGGGAUGGAGGCGGGAGGAGAUCACCUCCACGAGGAGCAGGAGGAGAACCUGGACGCCGUGUGGAAGGGGCUGACGGCGCUGAGCGGCGUCUACGUCAUGUUUCUCAUCGAGCACUUCCUGACGCUGGGGAAGAUGUACAAGGACAAGAAGCAGAAGAUCCAGAAGGACAAAGCGGAUCCGGAGAAGCAGCUCGCUCUGGAGGAGAACGACCUGAAGCCGAGCGAAGACGUGGAGACCAACGGCGGCGGCGUAUUUGGCGAGCGCGGCGGCGUGGCGGAGGAGGAGCAGUCCAUGUUGGCGCCGCAGGUGUCCGUGGUCUCGCCGCAGGGGUACGGCGGCGCGGAGGGGGACGCCGCCUACACCGCGGAGGACUGCGAGAACAAAUGCCACUCCCACUUCCACGACACGGUGGGCCCGGCCGACAGCAUGCACCACCACCACCACGACUACCACCACAUCCUGCACCACCACCACUCCCAGAACCACCACCCGCACAGCCACUCCCACUCCUACUCAGAGGAGCACUUCCAGCAGGCCGGCGUGGCCACGCUGGCCUGGAUGGUCAUCAUGGGGGACGGGCUGCACAACUUCAGCGACGGCCUGGCCAUCGGAGCUGCCUUCACUGAGGGUCUGUCCAGCGGCCUCAGCACCUCUGUGGCGGUUUUCUGCCACGAGCUUCCUCACGAGUUGGGUGACUUUGCGGUGCUGCUGAAGGCCGGCAUGACGGUGCGUCAGGCCAUCCUCUACAACGUGCUGUCGGCCAUGAUGGCCUACCUGGGCGUGGUGAUCGGCAUCCUGAUCGGACACUACGCAGAGAACGUCUGCAUGUGGAUAUUCGCCCUCACGGCCGGACUCUUCAUGUACGUGGCUCUGGUGGACAUGGUGCCCGAGAUGCUGCACAACGACGCCGGCGACCACGGCUUCAGCCACUGCGGCUUCUUCCUGCUGCAGAACGCCGGCAUCCUGCUGGGCUUCUGCAUCAUGCUGCUGAUCGCCAUCUUUGAGCACAAGAUCCAGCUGGACCUGGGCUACUGAAGGAGAGCCCCCCCCCCCAGGCUGGUUUCAUCCUCUUUAUUUGUAUUUGUUGCUCAGUUUGUGUCCCCCGCGGCUCUGAAGCAUCAUCGGGUCAAACAGACAUGUGACGUUACCGUGACAACGCGCUGACUCGGCCAUGUGUUAAAGUACUUUAGUAAAAAAAAAAAAACGCCUGUCAGUGUUUCAUAUUUCCCACAAAUUAAUUCCGCCCUGAAAGCAGCACGAAAGCUUUUGUUUUCCAUCGUUUGAUUCAGAUUUUCUUUUUUCCAUCAUUCCAUCGGCUGAUUUUAUGAUAAUUCUCUUGAUUCGAGGGGCUCAGUGUUCACAGAACCUCAAGUAGAAAGCCGUCCAGCAACCAUCACAUUUAAAAAGUUCCUUCUGUACCGGCUUGAAUAGUUAAUUAUGAGGAAUAGAUUUAACGAGAGGGCUCGAGGUCACUUCUAUGUUAAUAAAACCGGUGACUGGAGGUGGAGACUAAAAGCAGACGGAUGUCAUGAUAAACCUGCAGGAGGGAACAUCUAACGUCCUCAGGAGGUCCAAAGGGUUCAACAAAGUGCCUCAAUGUCUGACAUUCCUUGAAUGCAUCGUUUGGAUGUUUCUGAAGUGAAGAACUAGAAGCCGAUCUUCCCCCUUCAUUAAAUCCUCAGCGAGAGGAACCCAGCGUCUCCGUUAGCGUCUCCGUUAGCAUCCCGUUAGCUACGGAGCACCGCUAACGCAGCUGAUUUCCCGUCAUAAACUCUUAAUGUCGUUCUGUCUGAUAAAAAGUAAAAUCUGCUUCACUACUCGAGUUGUAUCCUGGGCGACCUUUGACCUCUCUGUGACAUUUGACCCGACUGGAGGAGGAAAAGAAGCCAAAGACGAUGUUUGGAAACAAGAACAAAUGAUGGCGUCUAAAAGGGAACCGUUAGUUCUAGUGUCUCCUUCAUCUUUCGCUUCUCACUGCUUUCCUGUUUCUUUUUUAAGUUUCCUCUGAUGUUGUUUUGCUUUAUGCCUUAAAAGAGAAUCUACAAAAAAAGUUGAGACGUGAACUUCACUGUGUAUCAAUGUACAAUACUGUGUAUAAUAAUAAUGUACAAUACUGUAUGCAGCUGCUUGGUGAGUCUGUUACUACAAACCAAAUAUGAAGGACGAAGUUCUUUGAUGUUUUGUCUAAAUGUAAAAUGUAUGAAUCUGUGCGAAAUGAGACCUUCGACCACGAAGACGUCCCACAAUGCAACAGGAACCAUUCAGUGUUUUUAUUGACUUUAACUUCUGUGAAAAGGGAACACGGACUAAACGUGUUGUAUGAUUUAGUAACAUAAUAUAAAUGUGAAUAUGGUUUAAUAUCUUUUGUGUCAAAUUCCCUUCAAGAACAAACUCAAAAGUUAAACUGUGAUAAAAGAUCACCUUUUAAACAAAAAGCUUAAUUCUGAAACAUUUUGUUAAAAAUCCUUAAGUAGGGAAUGUUUUAUUCCUCAAGAUGUUCCCUCAUUUAAUGAAUCGUAUUCACCUUGAGACCGUCUAACAUCCUCUUAUUAUGGGAUGGAUCCUGAGAUGUGACUAAGAAAAAUGAGAUGUUUUUGUUUUUUCAGAUUAAAGAAGCUGAAAUCAGAA